UUUUCUUUCUAUCGUGCGAGUCGUCAGCUGCUUCCAGAGGCAACAAAGUAUGUAUGGGGUAACUUAAGGUCAUUUCGUUUUUAAAUGGAUUAUUUGGGGGGCACUUGUAGCGUGACCGUGCCAGGAGGAGUUUCCACCGGGCUGUUUACCCAUUGGCUUCAAACAGCAAGUGCAGCACAAGCAAGCAGCCUACAGUCGUAGCUCCAUGAACGAAGGACUGGAUCUCGCUGGCCGAGUCCCUUCUGAAUAAUAAUAACAACAAACGCACCUGUUGUCGUCCCGCAUCGUCCUUUUACAAUGGAGACUCUGUGUACAGAAAAAACACCUGAGCCAGGUGAGUUUACGGACAUUCUGGAGGAGCGGAGAAGGAACAGUGACCUGAGCUAUGCCCUAAGGACAUUUUCCCCCCAGCCCUACAAAGGACAUCCACCUACCUCAGCUAGCGCUCUACACCAAGCAGUGCUGGACUCACACUACCUACGCUAUGUCACACAGGAGGUCGCCACAGAGAGUGGGGAACCCGUGGAUGUCAUCAGAGAAGAGGCUGCUGGGAUACUAGAGGAGAUGUCGCACAACUUGCAGCUCAGCUUCAUCCGGCUGCUGGGCUACACCCUCAGCAAGGUGUUCAAGAGAGUCUUCCGCAGGAUCCUGGUGAACGAGGAGGGUCUGAACAAGCUUCAGCAGGCCAUUCAGGAGUACCCAGUUAUCCUGAUGCCCAAUCACAGGAGCUACGUGGACUUCCUGGUUCUCUCCUAUGUCCUGUUCACCUAUGACCUCUCCAUCCCUGUCAUUGCUGCAGGAAUUCCUCUCAUGGGGAUGAAGCUGAUUGGGGAGAUCCUACGGCGUUCCGGAGCCUUCUUUAUCCGCCGGGCGAUCGGGUCAGAUAAGCUCUACUGGGCCGUGCUGUCCGAGUACGUCAAGACCAUUGUGAGGACCGGCUCUGCCCCUCUGGAGUUCUACGUGGAAGGACUGCGCAGCCGGACACUGAAGUCUCUGAAUCCCAAGCUAGGCAUGAUGCACAUGGUCCUGGAGCCCUUCUUUAAGGGCGAGGUGUACGACAUCUGCCUGGUCCCCAUCAGCAUCAGUUAUGAUCGGGUCCUUGAGGAGUCUCUUCUGGCCCAUGAGCUGCUGGGAGUCCCCAAACCAAAAGAGUCCACUACGGGUCUCCUAAAAGCUCGCAAAGUUCUGGAGGAUGAUUACGGCUCCAUGCACCUGUGUUUUGGCCAGCCCCUCUCUGUGAGAGAGCUUUCCAAGGGGAGGAUCAGCCGAUCACAGUAUAACUUAGUGCCCAGAGACUUGCCCCAGAAGCCCAGCGAGGAGACCCAAGCGUUUGUGAGCAUGGUGGCCCAUGGAGUGGUGCGUCUGCAGGAGAGAGGCGUAGUCCUCAGCCCCUGGAGCCUCAUGGCCCUGGUCCUGCUCCAGAACUACGGGGGACUGGCCUUGGACAGCCUCGCCCAGCGCACCGCUUGGCUGCGGGGCCUCGCGCUGAAGUUUGGGGCCCUUCUGGACUGGCCUGCGCAGGUCCCUGAUGAGGAAGUGAUGUUGUCCAGCGUGUCCCUCCAUGGGUCGCUGGUGUGCUGUGAGGAGGGGCGAGUGUUCCUGCUGGACGAGCAGGGGUCCAGCGCGGCGGUGUCGUCCGUCUCUCCGGAGGAGGCCGUGCUCAAGCGUGCCGCCGUUGUGCUCAUGUGCGCCUCCUACAGGAACCAGGCGCUGCAUGUGUUUGUGCGGCCUGCGCUGGUCGCCGUUGCUAUGCCAACCGCUCCCAGCAGCAGAAAGGAGGAUGUCUUCACACAGUUCAAAUUUCUGCAGGAGCUUUUUUCCAAUGAGUUUGUUUUCGUCCCUGGAAUGGCUAUACAGGACUUUGAGGAGGGAUGUUCGCUAUUGUUGAGGUGUGGGGCAUUACAGAUAUCUGGUCAAGAACUAACUGUGACAGAAGAUGAGCAAGAAAUAGCAUCUUUCCUCAGAGCCAUCCUCCAACCCUUCAUACAAACCUAUCAGGUGGUGUUCCAGCAUCUGACUGUGGACGGCAGUCAGGUGUUCACCGAGAGGCAGUACAUACCGGUGCUCCGCUCCUACGUUCUGAAACUCAUCCUAGCAGGUGAACUCCACACCUACGAGGCUCUGUCAUCUGACACACAGAAGAACGUUCUCCACACACUGUUGAGGAUGGAAGCUGUAACAAAAAUGAAAACAGGUGACCAGAGUAAGUUUAUAGUGAACAAAGCUGACAUCCAGAGAAUUGGAGACAUUUUGGCGGGGAGGAGACCUGCCCAGUCAGCAGCCUUCUCCAGACUGUGAGAUAGUGGAAGUGCAUGUACCUGGACGCAUGUAUGCACUUCCAGUAUGAACAAACAAGGGUCUGGCUCCAUCACAAACUACCUCCACCGUCUGAUAAGCGGCGCUGGGCCACUUUGUGCCUCCGUCUGCCAAACAGUAUGUCAGUCUGACAACUUUUAAACUGGAGAUGGCACACACACACACGCUCACACACACUCAAACACUCACACAGAGAGAGAGAGAGAGUUGAAGGUGGUAGUGUGUGUGUGUGUGUGUGAAAGAGAGAACUGUAAUGUCAUUAUUUUCUAAUUGUCAGUUGAUCCUUUGUAAUACAGACUUUUCUAAUAUUCUGCAAAGACUAACACAGAAAGACUUCAGCCUCAACCACUGCCAAUCAUUACAUAACACUAGCCUAUUUCCUAGAAGAUGAGACCUGCACUGACAUGUAGCUCCUAAUACAAGUAUUAAUACUUAAUUUUAUAUAAAAGUCUCUGUUGUGAUUUUAAGGGGCGUUCCCAGGUGGCCUAAUCUUAAGUGACCUCAUCAGUAUGUUCUGUAAACAACAACAAAACAAAAAGAAGUUAAAACACUGUGAAUUAUAGUGUCUGCCUUUAAAUUGUGUAACAAUAAAGUAUUUGCACUAAUGUUA